AUGGAGAAAGCAAAGUGUCGAUCCUACCGGAGCUGCAUUGCAGUGAUAACUUUGUCUGCAGUCGUUCUGACAAGCUGGCUGCUGUUGCAUUCGAUACCGAAAGCAAGCCAUUUACAUUUACCAUGCAGAGUCUUUCGAUCCCACCACAGGCAUCAUAAUGCCCACGUUGAACGGCGCAGAAGAAGCUCAGAGACCCUUUACGAACUUCUCAGCGACUCGCAAGAUACAUACUACGAUGAGGAUGCGUGGGUCGUCGGUACUACCUUCUUCUCGGAAAAUACAUUUUCGCGACAACCGUACGUCGCCAACGGGUAUAUUGGAAGUCGGAUACCGAACGUGGGGUUUGGCUACGCCCCCGACACCUUCAAUAUUUGGAUCCCCGAUGCAUCCACUCCAGGUGCCUUAGAUAACGGGUGGCCUCUGAGAAAUCGUCGUUUUGCUGGCGCUUUUGUAUCGGACUUUUAUGGCCUGGAACCUAAACUCAACUCAACGAAUUUCCCAGAACUGGAUGAUAAGGGUUACUCCACCGUGCUUUGUGCAAUUCCCCAAUGGACUGAUAUUGAUUUUUCUAUUCGCAACGAUACUUUAAAAUUCAAUGCCCAGAGUGUUCAUGCUCUUCAGGUUUCCAACUACAAUCAGAAUCUAUCUUUGCAAACCGGCACCGUGACUACAGAGCUCGACUGGCUGGAUACACUUCAUAUAAAGUCGACAGUCUUUGCUCAUAGGACAGUGCACCCAUUGGGAGUGGUCAAGCUAGAAAUUUCCUUGAUUCCGGAAAAUUCAGCCAAUAUUGACACAAUCGACUUGCAGGUGUAUGACACAUUAAACCACUCCACGUCAAGAAGAACUAACCUCAAAAAUUUGGGAUAUGAUACAGAUGGUAUCUUCAUGGAAGUAGAACCUAAUAACGUCCCUUACUCAUCAGCGGCUAUGUAUUCAACUUUGAGAUUUGCCUCUGCAGCAGGAAACCUCGAUGGGGUUUUGUUUCAAGUUACAGAUGCCAACACAUCCGUUAUCAGUAAACAUUUUGUGCAGUUAACUGCAGAGAAUCCAUCCGUCACCAUUUUCAAAUACGUAGGGGUAAUGUCAACAGAAUAUGAUCGGUACGACAAAACUGCCCCAAAUUCCCAAAUUGCAAAGGAUAUCGUAAUGUCACAUUUAGGAGCAUACAAUACACUCUCGGAGAUCCAUCGGCAAGAGUGGAUCAAUUUGUAUGACAAUGCUUCUAUAGAAAUACCUUCAGACAGUCUCCUUGAAUUAGCUGCCAAGUCGUCACUUUUUCACUUGUUAGCAAACACUAGAAGAUUUAACGUUUCUCAGGAGCGGGGGUUACCGGUGCCAUCGUCAGGCUUAAGCUCUGACUCAUAUGCAGGCCUGGUUUUCUGGGAUGCAGAUCUUUGGAUUUUGCCUUCCUUACUUCCAUUUUUCCCCGACAUAUCAAGGCAUAUGGUAAACUAUCGCGAAAAAACCCACGAGCAGGCGAAAACCAAUGCAGCUUCCAAUGGAUGGCCUGGUGCAUUAUAUCCCUGGACAUCAGGAAGAUUCGCAAACUGCACUUCGACAGGCCCAUGUGUCGAUUAUGAAUAUCAUAUCAAUAUCGAUGUGGCCAUGGCUUCUUUUUUGGUAUACCUAAAUGGGGCCAACGGAAUCGAUGACGAAUAUCUCCGAAAAACAACGUGGCCGUUGGUGAGAGAUGCUGCCACCUUCUUCACAGCCUUUGUGAAAUACAACCCAGAGUUGGAUGCGUAUGAGACCCAUAAUAUGACAGAUCCUGACGAGUAUGCCAAUUUCGUAAGUAACGGAGCCUUCACGAACGCUGGUAUCAAAACGCUAUUGAAGUGGGCCAUUGACAUUGGAAGGCAUUUGAAGGAAAAAGUGGACCCAAAAUGGAAAGAGGUGUCUAGCAAAAUUUUAAUUCCCAUUGCCGAGUCUAAUAUCACACUUGAAUACUCGGGCAUGAAUUCAUCUGUCGAAAUUAAGCAAGCUGACGUUAUGUUAAUGACUUAUCCUCUAGGCUAUAUCACAGAUGAGACCAUUUUGGAUAACGCCAUUAGGAAUUUGUAUUACUAUUCUGAGCGUCAAUCGGCGAGUGGGCCCGCAAUGACAUACCCUGUUUUUGUGGCCGCAGCGGCCGGUUUGCUGAAUCAUGGUUGCUCAUCACAAAGUUAUCUUUAUAAGUCGGUCUUACCUUACGUGAGAGCUCCCUUUGUGCAAUUCAGCGAGCAGUCAGACGAUAAUUUUCUCACCAAUGGUUUUACUCAACCUGCUUUUCCUUUUCUAACUGGUAAUGGCGGUUAUUUACAAUCGUUACUAUUCGGAUUGACGGGUCUCCGCUAUUCAUAUUCUACUAAUAAGACUACUGGUCAAAUUGACAGGCUUCUGAAGUUCAAUCCUAUAAAGCUGCCCUUGCUGGCUGGGGGCAUUACGAUUAGAAACUUUAAGUACAUGGGUCAAGUUUUAGACGUCGAGAUAGGCGACGAAAAUGCCACAGUCGUGCACAAAUCGGGCGUUAAUCCAAUCAAUAUUCGUGUUUUGGAUCGAAAUAUUAUCCACGAUCGAGAGAUGGGCCUCUUUCACCAACCUCACGUCCAUCGACACAAAGACUUGCCUGCCAAAGAUGUUGUGCUACAGCCUGGUGAGACGCUUAGUGUCAAACUAUUUGAACCACUGUUAAACAUCGACGGUAACCUCGCAGAGGGGAAACAGGUUACUAAUUUUACCACCGGUGUCCCCGGAGAUGUUAUAUACUCAGUCACAGAUGGUAAUAACUUUACUCAUUGGCAGCCCCUGCACAAGGAAGACUGCGCCAAGAUCCUGAUAGAUUUGGGCCCUGGUAAUGAGUAUGCUCUUAACGGCGGGACAAUACUGUGGGGAGGAAGACCUGCGCGGAAUAUUUCAGUAUUUGUACUGCCAUACAAGGGAGACAUCGAGGAGGCGUUGUACAAUGCUUCUAGGGAAGUUGAAGAAUUUAGCCCCGAAACAGCGACUGAUAUUUUGGGUUUCACUGGUCAGGCGUUGGACAUGCAGUCGAGAUUAAGUGGUACAAGGGAACAAUUCUAUGACAAUGUAGACUGCCGAGAAAUGCUGCACUCUCAGAAAUUAGAUAUUGGACAACUCUCCAAAAUAUCACCCGAUGCGUUGCUACUGAAAAGCCGGUUCGUGCCAGUGCUGAGAGACUUAAAAGUGACACCAUCAGUACCGUAUGUAUGGGAAGACGCUAGCAAAGGGGAGAUUCAAAUCCCGCGCAGCAACGUCACGAAUUUUGUUUUUGAUUACCAAAACUACACUAAUGAAUCGGUAACCGCUCUCUGGCCGCCGCCUCGGUUCGUACUACUAUGUGUGCAAGGUACUUUCGACGACGACGAUGAUCCCCGCGGAGCGACAAUUAAAGAGAUCGGAUUGAUGCAAUAA